AUGUCGACUGUACAGGUCACUUUCGCCGGAAUGUCUUCCCUGCCGGCCAAUCCCGUCAUUUCCCUACGGAGACGGGCGACGGUGGCGGCGGCUUCUUCCGUCCAACGCGGCAGAGAGGUGCCGACGAACUUGUACCAGGUGCUGCGGGUGACGGAGACUGCGACGGCGCGGGAAAUCAAGACGGCUUACCGGUCCAUGGCCAAGCGGUCACACCCAGACGCGUCGCCGCAGGUAGGCGGUGGGGCGGCGGACUUCAUCGAGAUCCGCCGCGCGUACGAGACACUGUCCAACCCAGCGGCCCGGGCGCAGUACGACCGGUCCGCUGCCGAGCGGCGGCGAGAGCCACGGACCGGCGGGAUCGCCCAACCGGUCCGAUUCCGGUCCAGGAGAUGGGAGACGGAUCAGUGCUGGUAG